GUGGCGCCGAGCCGCGAUUAGCAUGAAAUGUGUGAAUGGAGGGUCUUCCACCUCCAUCCCGGAGAGCGCGCUGGCGGCGGGGGCCGCCCCUACGCUGACACCUCACAAUGGGGAGACGCUCGGUCAAAGGUGGUGGCAGUGGGAUCGGUCGGGCCGUGUGCCAGCGCUUUGCAAAGGAGGGUGCCACGGUGGCAGUAGUGGACAUCGACAAAGGGGCAGCCGAGGAGACACUGCGGACGCUGCCCUCCGAUCAGCAGCAGCACGUGCUAUUUGUCACAGAUGUGACCUCCCCUGAGCAUGUCCACAGCCUCAUGGCUGACAUUCAGGCGCGGUUUUCCCGUCCCCCCUGCGUGGCAGUGAACUGCGCUGGCAUCACCGCCGAUAGGCUGCUCCUGAAGAUGGAGAGCGACGCUUUCGACCAGGUCUUGAAGGUCAACCUGAAGGGUACCUUCCUGGUCACCCAGGCGGUUGCCAAGGCGCUGGUUGCCAGUGGUGCCGAGAAGGGCUCCAUCAUCAACGUGGGCAGCAUCGUGGGUAAGGUUGGAAAUGUGGGUCAAGCAAAUUACACAGCAUCGAAAGCUGGAGUGGUCGCCCUGACAAAAACCAGUGCAAAAGAACUGGCCAGGUUUGGAAUCAGAUGCAACACCAUUCUCCCAGGAUUUAUUGAUACCCCCAUGGCAGGGAAAGUCCCUCAGAAAGUGCUGGACAAGGUUCUGCAGUUAGUUCCAAUGGGCCGCCUGGGAGACCCGACUGAGGUGGCCAGUGUCUGUACCUUCCUGGCAUCUGAUGAGAGCAGCUACAUCACCGGAGCCAGCCUGGAGGUGACAGGAGGACUUUUCAUGUAAUUAGCCACAAGGGGCAGGAGGCUGAGGAUUACAGAGGAUUCCACUACCAGGCCAUGCAACCCCAGGAAUGGCUCGCUUGGAUUUGGCUCACCAGUCAGUAACCCCAUCCCUCCCACCCCAUGUGCCAUCCGUGACCCGUCCCCGUGGAAGAUGACUCACCCCACCGACCGGACAGAGACCACAGAAAGCUUCAGAAAUCAGGAAAGGAUCGGGUGUACGGUAUCCCCGAAGAGGUGACUGACAGUCAGAUGAUUCCGGUGGCUGGGCUGACAUUCCUCCGGCUCGGCACUGAGCAGGGUCUGAGCUCGAGGCGGGCUUCGCUGCUGUGGGAGAUCUUACCUGACAGGAAUGGAUAAACCAGCUCAGUGAGAUGGCGGUCAGGCUGAUAUUUAUCCAGGCCUGGGAACAACAUUUGCACACUGCAGCUGGAUCCCCUUAGCCUACGAUCUGCAUUCCCCAGUGCGGGCUGCAUCACAGUGUCAGGGAGCACCUUUACAGCGUAGAAUGUUUCGAGUGGCAGGGAGGGGGCUUUCGGUCUCCCAUCCUGGCAGAGCUCUGCACUACUUCCUGGGCCUUUUGUAACUCUCUAUUAAUGACCUCCAAGGAAUCACUGUAUUAUUAUAGAAAUUUAUUAUCCAAACAGAAUAAACUCAUCGACAAAUGAA